AUGUUCAGGACACUUCCAAAGGUAUCACUUCGCCGUUGUCUCCACACAUCGUCGCCGCGUUCAACGGCAGUCGCACGUCCUAGCCGCGUCGGUGCCGUCCUUGCAGGCUCAGCGGUCGUUGCUUCAUAUGUGAGCUGGAAGGCGCUGUACGGUGACAAAAUCGCAUUGGACUCCGUUGCUUCCUCAUCAAAACAGGUCCCGCUAGUAAAGCAGUCCACUCCCGAAACCCUGAUAGAUUCGCAUCCUCCAUCAGCCGCGCAUGAAGCAACCCUAGAAGAAUCCAUAGUAGAGCCCACAUCCGGUCCCACAAUGGCGGAGGAGGAGGAGGAGGAAGAGGGCGGUGGCGGCGCGUUCAAUCCCGUUACAGGCGAGAUCAACUGGGACUGCCCGUGCCUCGGCGGGAUGGCGUACGGGCCGUGCGGGAUGCAGUUCCGUGAGGCCUUCUCGUGCUUUGUCUUCUCGGACAAGGAGCCCAAGGGCAUAGACUGCGUGGAGAAGUUCAAGAUGAUGCAAAAUUGCUUCAGGGAGCAUCCGGAGACGUACGGCGAAGGCGAGUGCUUCUGUUGCGUGGAAGGCGGCCAAGAUAAAUCUGACUGA